AUGCAUAGUGGUCAUGAUCUCAUUUCUUGUUUUGAACAGCUGGUGGAGGAGAAGCGAGCUCUAGAGGAAGCCGAGAGGAGGGCCAGUGAGGAGUACAUCCAGCGGCUGCUGGCUGAGGAGGAGGAGCGCAUGGCGGAGGAGAGGAGGAGACGGGAGGAGCAGCAGCUGGAGAACGAUGAGAAACUGGCCAGACUGCUGAGCCAAGAGCUGAAUUCAGGACCAAUCUCUGAAACAUCAUGGUCCGCCAAACCUACUGAUAAUACACCAGCAAAGAAGACAAAACCAAACAUUGAGAAGUUUUUGCGUCCAGUGCCUCAUAAGCAGCCGAGCAGUUCUGACAGCAGCCCAGACUCCUCUCUGGUGGCUAAUAAGGAAAACAUUCUGAGCCCUCCAAAAACCCUCUCAGCACAAUCUGUGGCGGACACAAGCAAACUGAGCACGUCUGUGCUGGACUACAGCGGGAAACCCUCCACCUCCAGCUCCAGCUGCUCAGAACACACGUUUGAUUUUAUCAGUCCAAACAGCAGCUCGCUGAAAAGGAAGAGUUCAGAGGUCGAGCUUCAGACUGAAGCGGAUCUGCUCGGUAAGAGGCCCUGUGCCGCUCCGCAUUGUGAGUCUCCUUUAGCCGACAGCACGUUCCUGUCUGAAGUGGCGUGGUACGAGGAGGCCUUACAGAGCCACUGGCAGCAGGAGGAGGAGGACCGGAGACUGGCCAUGCGACUUCAGAGGGAGCUGAACCGUGAAAACACCGUGGACCGCAGGAAGGGUUCAGCCAACGGCUAUCCACUCCGACAAAAACCCACUCCGCCUUCCACAAGCACAAACCCAGACGAGGAAAAUGCGAGUAAGAACAUCAGUACGACACGGUCUGGAACAGUAGGAACGACCCCUGGGAAGAGCCCUGCAUCUUCUCCUUCAACAACCUUCCCGGCUGCUUUGAAGAAGGGGGCGAAACAGACCACCCUUACUGAGAUGUUCCCCAACCUGAGCAGCUGAAUGAUGCUCUGCUGCUUUUAUCUGGUAUCUUAUUCACCCUUCAGACUCGAAACCCUUGUUAGGUGCUGUGCUGCUACUAAAGGACGUCCUGCAGCCGGUUUCCGUUGUCUUUUUCAGUUUCUGCCCAUAUGUUGCUGAUACUCCUUCAGUGCCUUUCUAGGGAGGGUCAUCCUGUGAAGUCAUGAUGAAAUGGUUUUCUGGAGCGUUUUUAUAGUCAUGACUAGCUUAGAGUUUGGAAAUGGUGUGAAUGCUGCAGAAGAAAGUCAUUUUGUAAGCAUUUGCAGGCAUUUUCACUUUGAUUGAAUAAAAGGAAAGUUCGGUUUACA